CUGCUAUUUUGCGUUAGCGCUUUGCGACAGGUCCUUGAUACCAUCCAUGCCUUCAAUAUACUGCGUAUGGGACAUAUGCGUACCAUCGCCUCAUGCCGAGAAGCUCUCAGGACUUAAAAGAGGCCUCUACGUGCCCAGAAGUCAGAGUGGUUCAUGUGUUUCGCCGCGCCUUUAAUUUCUCUCCAAUAAUGAGGUCGCAGUUGCUCUCUCUUACUGUUUGGUUGCUCGCUCACAAAGUUGUUGGGGCUGCUCUAGGGAAAGCUCCGGAAUUUGCGACCGUCGUCACGCCCAGAACUGUUCUGGCGAAUAGCUAUGAUUUCAUCAUUGCUGGCGGGGGGAUAUCUGGGCUAACUGUUGCUGAUAGACUGUCAGAGGACCCAUCAGUCAAUGUCUUGGUUAUCGAGGCCGGCAUUUUCGAUCAGGAUGAAGACAACAUCUUGAUUCCAGGACAGUUUUUCACCCCGUUCCCAUUCCAGUACAUGUAUCUUCCGUUGCCCAGCGUUCCACAGACGGCUUUGAACAACAGGUCAUUCAAUGUGCCGGCUGGGAAGGUGGUUGGUGGUGGCUCGGUCCUCAAUGCUAUGGUGUAUGUGAGACCUGGAGCAGAGGAGCUUGAUGCAUGGGAGCUUCUGGGCGCAAAAGGAUGGAAAUGGGACGAUUUGCUUCCUUAUUACAAGAAGAGCGAAAAUUUCACCGCUCCAGAUCCUGCAUAUGCAGCUGCUGCGAACUUUUCAUUUGAUCCCUCUGUUCAUGGGACAACCGGGCCAGUGCAGGCUUCAUUUCCGAGCUUCCACUUUGAAGGAAGUGGCAUUUGGUUUGAGGCCGCAAUAUCAUCAGGCCUUCGUGCUGGCGGUGAUCCACAUGCUGGUGAUGGCUCAGGCGUAGUCUAUGUCCCCUCCGUUACCUCUGGGACCACGAGAACUAGAAGCCAUGCUCGACUGAACCAUUUCACACGUGUCCAGCCGAGAUCAAACUACCACAUCCUAGCCGGGCAUACCGUUGCGAAAGUGCUGUUCGAUAACACCAAGAAGGUGACUGGGGUUGAAUAUCUACCAACUGGAGGCGGGGAGCGUCUUACAGCUCAAGCCACAAAGGAGGUUCUCCUUGCGGGAGGCGCCGUGCAUACACCUCAGAUCCUGCAGCUUUCCGGAAUUGGUCCCAAGAAGGUUUUGAACAAGUUCAAUAUCCCAAUCAUGGUCGAGCUUCCCGGCGUAGGAGCCAACUUUCAUGACCAACCUAGCAUCAUCAUUCCAUACAAUGGCACGUGUGUACCUCUCAGUUUACCUUGUUACUUGAGUGCUAACUUGAACCUGGCAGUCACCAACAACAUCUCGCCAAACGUGGGAACCCUAAACUCGGAUCCAGUCUACGACGCUGAGCAGCGAGCUCUUUACGAUGCAACUCGCCAAGGUCCUUACCAGCUUACUCGUGGUCUCAGCACCAACCUUGCGCUCCCUCCCCUCUGCAACGCAACUUCUGAUUGCAAAUCGAUCGUCUCUGCGGCCCGCAGAACCAACCCCUUUCGAUACCUUCCUGAUGAUACUCACGCCACCGUCAAAGCAGGCUACGCUCUUCAACGCGAAAUCAUUCUUCGCCAACUGGAAGGCCCCAAGACUCCCGUGUCGAUGAUUCAUUGGGAUACCGCAAACUCCGUCAGGAUGUACUUCUUCAAGCCUCUGAGCAGGGGGACUGUUCAGAUCAACUCUACCAAUCCACUCGAGUGGCCACUGAUUGACUUUCGCACAAACGUUGAUCCCAUUGACGAGGAUUUGAUUGUGGCCUCGUUCCUCAAAAACAGACACAUCAUGUCUCAGCCCAGCAUGGCUGCGUUGAAUCCCCUUGAGGCCGCACCGUUUAGCAACGACUUCACUGAUAAGAAUAUCCUCAAGCAAAUACUGAGAGGGGUCACUGAGCCGUCGAGUGCCCAUCAGUGUUGCACAGCAGCCAUGAUGCCGAGACUACUGGGCGGCGUGGUGAACUCCAAAAUGAAGGUGUAUGGCGUCAGGGGCUUGAGAGUGAUUGAUACGAGCUACUGGCCUAUUGUCUUGACUGCUGCACCUACAGCCACGACUUAUGCUUCCGGCGAGAAGAUUGCGGAUGCUAUCAAGGCGGAAUAUGGGCUACAGAGUCUCUAAUGACCGCUGGGAAAGAGAAGCAUGAUUAGCAUGUUGGUAUUGCUUUGUUAUAUUUCCAAAUAGAUACUGCUGCCUUUCAUGCGGUGAUUUCUACAGUCCAUUCCCACCAUUCAUGUGCGCCAUGACGCCUCCGGCGAACCCUAAAAAUGCUACCAUAAAGCCCCCAAUAGCAAAGCCUCCUUGCACAUCCCCUUGAUUAACAAGUGUGGCCCAAACCACCGCUGUGGAAAGGCUGAGUCCAAACCCAAUACAGCCAUAGAGAAGCAUAGCCGGCCAGUUCAUGCCCUCUUGAAGGUACAGGCCCCAGCCUAACCCAACCCCUUUUAUUGGACAAGGCUUUAGUGGGUUGUCAACCUUUUUGGGCACUCGUCUGAAGAGAAUCGGCAAAGGCUCGGCGUGCGACGGAUGAGAAAACAGAUGCAUG